UUAUUUACGUCUUAAAUGGCUUGUUUCUUCUCAUUUUGUCGACUAUAUUGGAUAAUACGAGUGUAAAGCCAUUUACAGCCGCCAUUACUAACUGCGGAAGUAGGCUGGAAGUCCGCCGUCCAGAAAAACAACAACAAAGAACUGGGUUGCGGGGGUAUGCUGGAGCCUAUCCCAGCUGACUCCGGGCAAGAGGCGGGGUACACCCUGGACUGGUCGCCAGCCAAUCACAGGGCUGCUUACAACUCCUCGAGGGCAUAUUCGCAUGGUCACUGUGGACCGCUGUGAUGUUCUACUUCAAGGUGAUAAACACAUGUCAAGACAUGCAGACUUCUCCAUGCCGAUACCAUCGAUCCACUGAUGGAUUACGCCUCCCUGCUCCACCGGGAUGAAGUACACAUGGCUCGCAACAAUUAGCUAAAUAGGCUGGGGAUUGAUCUACGAACAGCUAAGUGGAGCAUCGACUGUCUGUAGAGGUGUCCUGCCUUCUCCAGUAGCAGACGUGGCGCAAACCCAGGGUGACACAUAGCAGAACCCAAACAAAAUGUGCUGGUGGAAGACCCCACUUCUCACCACUGGGUGAAGCACUCCUCUUCUGCUGCUCUUGCCCACUUUCUGCCUACUUCCUGUCCUUGAUGUGAAGUCAUGUCCUACCAUCAAGAUCGUGACACUCCCAGAGGAGGAGGAGGAAUGCCCCCUGGCCAAAACUACCGACCCGCCAACCUGAGGUCCCCCCAUCCUCCAGUACCCCCGUACCCCUAUGACCCCCAAGCUCCUCCCACGCCAGGCUACCACGGCAACAGCAGCUACAUGCCUCCCCACUCAGACUUCAUGCAGUAUCCCCCUCCUGCGCCUCCUCAGACCCCUGGGUCUCUUCAUCCCUGCCCCGUGCGUCCGCCCUUCCCCAAGCCGCCCAUCAGAGGCUUCCCUGACCCCCCACCCAGCUUUCCGCCUCCCCCUUUGCCCGGAGUCGCCGGCGCUCCUCCGACCGGCUCGCAGAUGACACAGAAUGCCUACCACCCUUACAUGACGCCCUCUGUUCCACCACCACCAUUGCCUCCCCCGCCCAUGCCGCCCCCCAUGAGUUACCCCCCUCCAUACACCAUGGGCUACCCCCAUCCUCCUCACCCUCCCUUCCCUCCCCCUGGCUUCAGUCCCAGCUACACCCAGAGCCCCACGUCAUUCAAAGCAGACCAGAGCUUCCACCACAGGGGGCCGUACAAGUACGAGAAACCCAGCGACAGCAGGCGGUCCCCCGAAAGAGGAUAUCGCCAUGACGGCCACCGUCAGAGGGGCUACGGCGCACAUGGCGACAGGCAGGAGAGGAAGGACCGUGGCAGGAGUCCAGACAGACAAGGGAGGUCAGACAGCGGGAGGUACAGGUCCGAUUACGAUAGAGGACGAUCCCCUGGAAGACACUGGAGCCGGGAUCGGAGCAGAGAGCGGUAUCGACUUCGUGAGUGUCGAAGGUCCCAGUCGCCUGACCGAUACAGAAAGAGGCCUCGCAGCCGCUCCACAAGCAGAGACAGGAAGCGAGGCCGCUGGGAGGAUGAGAGGGAUCGCAGGCCCGAGUCCUCGUCGGGUCUGAGCAGAGAUCGCGGUUACUCCUCCCGGAGCAGAGAUUCUGAGGAGUGCGCUGCCGACCGAGAGCGGGAAGGGGAGCGGGACAAGGAGAAAGUGGAUGAGGAGAAAGAGGAGGAGGACCUGCUGAAGCCCGCCUGGAUCCGCUGCACCCACGCUGAGAACUACUACUCCAACGACCCCAUGGACCAAGUGGGAGAUUCUACUGUGGUUGGCACGAGUAAACUGAGAGACCUUUACGAGCGUUUUGAAGAGGAGCUGGGAAGGAGGCAGGAGCGAGCCAAGGAAGCUCGGCCAAAGUGGGAACCGCCAAAGACCAAACUGGAUGAGGAUCCAGCUGAUAGCAGCAGCGACUCAGACUGCGAGUCAGACGGGGAGGGAAGUUCUUGCUCCAGCGGCUCGGACUCGGAUGUUUUUGAUGUCAUCGCAGAGAUCAAGAGGAAGAAAGCGCAUCCGGACCGACUUCACGAGGAGCUGUGGUACAACGAUCCGGGACAGAUGAAUGAUGGUCCCCUGUGCAAGUGCAGCGCCAAGGCCAGACGCACCGGGAUACGCCACAGCAUCUACCCGGGGGAGGAGCCUGCCAAACAGUGUCGAGGGAUGAACAACAACGCUGGCAAGUUGUUCCACUACAGGAUCACUGUGUCUCCGCCCACCAACUUCCUGACGGACCGGCCCACCGUUAUCGAGUAUGAUGACCACGAAUACCUCUUUGAGGGCUUCUCUCUCUUCUCCCACAUGCCGCUCACCAACAUUCCAUUGUGCCGGGUGAUCCGCUUCAACAUAGAUUACACCAUCCACUUCAUAGAGGAGAUGACGCCCGAGAACUAUUGUGUCCAGGGCCUGGAGCUGUUUGCCUCCUACCUCUUCCAGGACAUUCUGGAGCUGUACGACUGGAACCUGACAGGCCCAGAUUUGGACAAUGACGCAAGCGGUUCAUGCCAGCGGUUCCACUUCAUGCCUCGCUUUGUUCGCUUUCUACCGGACGGGGGCAAGGAGGUGCUGUCCAUGCACCAGGUGCUGCUCUACCUCCUGCGCAGCAGCAAGCCUCUGGUCCCGGAGGAGGAGAUUGCCGACAUGCUGCAGUGGGAGGAGCUGGAGUGGCAGAAAUAUGCGGAGGAGUGCAAGGGCAUGAUCGUCACCAACCCGGGCUCGAAACCGAGCUCGGUGCGGAUCGACCAGCUGGACCGGGAGCAGUUCAACCCAGACGUCAUCACCUUCCCUGUCAUCGUUCAUUUUGGGAUACGGCCCGCACAGCUCAGCUACGCUGGAGACCCUCAGUACCAGAAGCUGUGGAAAAGCUACGUGAAACUGCGCCACCUGCUGGCAAACAGUCCUAAGGUCAAGCAACUGGACAAGCAGAAGCUGACGCAGCGAGAGGAAGCGCUUCAGAAGAUCCGUCAGAAGAACACGAUGCGCCGCGAGGUGACAGUGGAGCUCAGCAGCCAGGGAUUCUGGAAGACUGGCAUCCGCUCCGACGUCUGUCAGCACGCCAUGAUGCUGCCCGUCCUUACCCAUCACGUCCGCUACCACCAGUGCCUCAUGCACCUGGACAAGCUCAUCGGCUACGUCUUCAAGGAACGCUGCCUCCUGCAGCUGGCCAUGACACAUCCCAGCCACCAUCUCAACUUCGGCAUGAACCCUGACCACGCCCGCAACUCGCUCUCCAACUGCGGCAUCCGUCAGCCCAAAUAUGGCGACAGGAAGGUUCACCACAUGUACAUGAGGAAGAAGGGAAUCAACACGUUGAUUAACAUCAUGUCUCGCCUGGGCCAGGAUGACCCGUCCCCCUCCAGGAUCAAUCACAACGAGAGGCUGGAGUUCCUGGGCGACGCAGUCGUGGAGUUCCUCACCAGUGUCCACUUGUACUACCUCUUUCCCACUUUGGAGGAGGGAGGCCUGGCCACCUACAGAACAGCCAUAGUGCAGAACCAGCACCUCGCCAUGCUUGCUAAGAAACUGGAGUUGGAUCGCUUCAUGCUCUACGCUCACGGACCAGAUCUGUGCCGGGAGUCUGACCUGCGUCACGCCAUGGCCAACUGCUUUGAGGCCCUCAUUGGUGCUGUGUAUUUGGAGGGCGGCUUGGAGGAGGCCCGGCAGCUCUUUGGAAGGCUGCUCUUCAAUGGCCAGCAGGACCUGCGGGAUGUCUGGCUCAACUACCCGCCACACCCUCUGCAGGUCCAGGAGCCGCAGACGGACAGGCAGCUGAUCGAGACGUCACCAGUCCUGCAGAAACUGACCGGCUUCGAGGACUCCAUCGGGGUGCUGUUUACGCACGUGCGCCUGCUGGCUCGAGCUUUCACACUGAGGACGGUGGGCUUCAACCACCUGACGCUGGGCCAUAACCAGAGGAUGGAGUUCCUGGGAGAUUCUAUCAUGCAGCUGGUGGCCACUGAGUACCUCUUCAUCCACUUCCCCGACCACCAUGAGGGACAUUUAACACUUUUGCGCAGUUCGCUGGUCAACAACCGCACUCAGGCCAAAGUGGCGGAGGAGCUGGGCAUGCAAGACUUCGCCAUCACCAACGACAAAACCAAGCGGCCCGUGGCGCUCCGGACCAAGACCCUGGCGGACUUGCUGGAGUCCUUCAUCGCAGCACUCUACAUUGAUAAAGAUCUGGAAUACGUGCACACCUUCAUGAACGUCUGCUUCUUCCCCCGACUGAAGGAGUUCAUUCUGAACCAGGACUGGAAUGAUCCCAAGUCUCAGCUGCAGCAGUGUUGUUUGACCCUGAGGACGGAGGGAAAGGAGCCCGACAUCCCUCUGUACAAGACACUGCAGACGGUGGGACCCUCGCAUGCUCGCACCUACACCGUCGCCGUCUACUUCAAGGGCGAGCGUAUCGGCUGCGGCAAAGGCCCGAGCAUCCAACAGGCAGAAAUGGGAGCUGCCAUGGAUGCGCUUGACAAAUAUAACUUCCCACAGAUGGCUCAUCAGAAGCGCUUCAUCGAGCGUAAAUACCGGCAGGAGCUGAAGGAGAUGCGACGCGAGCGGGAGCGCCAGGAGAGCGACGAGCCGGACGACGGCAGAAAGUGAAGACUGAGCACAGAACUGGACCACAUUUGUCACCAACAGCCCACGGCGUCUACACAUCGACAACCAACACAUCUACGAGGACGGCGCCACCAUGUUUGUGUCAGAGGGGGUGAAGAAAACGAUGCGGAGUAAAAACGCUUGUCCGUCUUGCCGUGGAGGAGACUAAGGAGUUCUUUGAGGUGUCAUGUUCUGUUACGUCCUCCGUCCAUCUCGCUGGUAGGGGACCAUCACGUCAUGGACAUCUUCAUGUCGCACGUUCAGCUUUAAGUGGUAGAUACGGAACCAAAGCGUCUUUUGUCCUCCAUUGGCCGUCUCCAAAGUCUGAACCCACCAGUGUUGCGUUGUUGUCAGGGUGCGCUGUGAGGGUUUUAGAUCAUGUGUCAAACUCGUGCCGUGGAGGGCUGAGACGCUGCAGGUUUUCCUUCCAGCUGGUCACUAAAGCAGAUGAUUUUAAUGAUCAACACCUUCAAUUUGAGGGGAGGAGCUCAUCAUUUAAAUCACCUGCUUUAGUGACCAGCUGGAAAGCACCUGCUGCAUCUUGGCCCUCCCUGGCACGACAAUGAAGAUGAAGCAAAAGAGUAGAUGUCUGUACAGUGUAUUGUAUCAUGUAACGUACACAAGCUAAGAUCACAAUAUGUAGCGUGGUGUUUGUCGCAGAAACACGUCAAAGUUUACAACUGUGUGUGUCCAUCACAGGCAGCGGCAACACCCCAACUAACACGUGAUGGGACACACAACGCCUAGCCACGGGGUGCGUUCACCAGUCCUUGAAAGUCCGUUUCCGCUGCCCGUUAAGAAUCCCCGUCACUGUCGUCAGCACCGUACAUGUCUGCCAGUUUCUUAAAGCGCGGCCCCCACUCACUCAGGUAGUUGUAGUCGUGCUCUCCCUCGGUCGUGGCCGACCCCAGCGAGCUGAGCGACUCGGCCACGGAGCCGCUGCCCUCGUAGGCGUAGGUGGCCAGUGAGUCAUAGGGCGGCGCCGUGGGGUCGCUGUCGUUGUCCUGGAUCCGCUGGUUGAUGAAGUCCCUCACGUCACCGUUGUUGUCCCGAGCGGAGGGGGGCGCGGGCCGCCGGGCUGUGGGGUAGUAGGCCUCAGGGAGGAUGUCCCGCCGCUGUUUGGCGUCCUCAAUGGCCUCGGGGUUGCGCAGCGUGCCGAUGUCAAAGGCCUGGGUGUCCUCCUCACCACCGCCCUCAUCGUUGUAGCUGACCACGUUGUCCCGCACGUCCUCUUUGGAGAUGAUCAGAGGCUCUUUCUUGCGCUGCCUCCUCAGGGCAGCAAACAGAACCACGAUCACUGCAGGCACAGCAAGAACAGACAGUCACAAGUGGUGUGGCGCUGAGGACACGUUAUGUAUUCCUGUCCUCACCGCUGCUCAAGAUCACAAUUUAGGAACAAGGCAGAGCGAGCACUCAUGUGCUAAACUACAACGCUGGCUGGGUCAAACAUGGACGCUUUGUAGUUCUCCGUGGCUACUGUACAGCAUAUCUUUACACGCUACCUCGUCUAAGCACCAUUCAAACAUGCAGUGAAAUGAUGUUAAUCAUGUUAAUCAACGAAGGCAAGCUGACAUGUCUUGCGAGGGAAUUACAAGAAUGUUUUUAUGCAUUUAAAAUGUGAAAUAAAAUACUACAAAAUUAUACUGAAUUCAUAUUAUUUUUGGGAAUGUCAUUUAUCAUUACUUUAAUGGUACUCUGCCAUGUUCUCUAUUGCAUCACCUUAAUUAACAACUUGACUAUAUUUACUUUAACUUAUCAAAGUUUGGCGGCGUACUCACUCAGAAGGAUCAUGACGCACAGCAAGAUGGCCACCAGCGCACCCGUGCUCAGUCCCGCUUUGGCUGUCAGCGCCUCGGCGUUGCACAGCUUCAUGUUGCCCUCGCGGUCACACGUGCACACCCUGACGGUGAGCGUGUUGGUGCUGCUCCGCACGGGCAUGCCGCCGUCCGAGAUGACCACGGGCACGUGGUAGACACUCUUCAGGAGGCUGCUGUAGCUGUUCCUCCGCGUCAGGAUCCAUGCCGUGUUGUCUGAAACAUCCAGAAAAGACGGUCAGCGCUGGACAAACGGCCGCAAAAAUGGCGAACGUUACCUCUGUUGUCGCGGACCGAGAAGUUGGCCUUGCCGGCAGCCUCCUGGGCCAGGCUGAAGAAGAAGCGAUGUCCUCCUAGAGGCUCGUCUGGGUCUGUGGCGCUCACUGUUUGGAUCCUCUGGAAGCGGACAGACACAAAUCUCACUGAGCUGUACCAAAAGGGGGGAGCUACUUCCCAGCCUAUAUCAUCAAUUAUGCAUAUUUAAUACCACUAGCGUGAACACCCACCUGAUUGGCCUUGGCGUUCUCGCACACGAACGUCUCAUAGUUGGUGGCAAAGGUGGGUGCGUUGUCAUUGAUGUCCAGCACUCUGAUGUGGACGGGUACACGGCUGAUCUGUCGCAGGUUGUCUGGGAAACACGCCAGCAGCAUUAUUCACAGUACGUAGUUGUACUGCAUCUAAAUACUACUGUGGAAACCUGGACAUUUAAGGUCAUGUGCUUGCAAAUGAGGUGGAAAUUUAACAUUUAUCAUUUGUAUUGCUUUAACAAACAAAGUAACACUCAGCAGCCAUUGCUUUUUAUAAUAUACUGACCUA